AUGGCCAAGCAGUCAAGAAGGUUGCUGAUGAGCGUAAUCGCCAGCCAUCCAAGCAUUCAGAAGUUCAAGCCCACUGCUCUGCGCCUUGCCAAGCAAAUCCGCCACCGAGGCCCCGAUUGGAGCGGAAAUAUCAUCUCCAACAACACGAUUUUAUGCCAUGAGCGUCUGAGCAUCGUUGGUAUUGAGUCCGGCGCUCAGCCUCUGACCAACGAGGACGAAUCGCUUGUACUUGCUGUCAACGGUGAAAUCUACAACCAUCGCCUAAUCCGAAAGCACUUGAAGCAUGUCUACCCCUUCAAGACUACAUCCGAUUGCGAAGUCAUUAUCCCUCUGUAUAUGGAGUACGGGCUUGAUGCCCCCAGCCACCUCGAUGGAAUGUUCUCCUUUGUGCUAUACGACAAGGGGCAAGAUCGAACCAUUGCUGCCCGUGAUCCCAUUGGUAUCACAACUUUGUACCAAGGUUGGACGUGGAAGGAGCCAGGGACCGUAUAUUUUGCUUCCGAGCUGAAGUGCCUUCACACCGUCUGCGACAAGAUUGUUGCGUUCCCCCCUGGCCACGUCUUCGACUCGAAAACUGGCCAGACAACGCGGUACUUCCAGCCCACGUGGUGGGAUCCCACCAAUGUCCCUUCAACACCUGUCGACCUGAGGGAGUUGCGCCACGCCCUGGAGAAGGCUGUGAGAAAGAGACUUAUGGCCGAGGUUCCCUACGGUGUGUUGCUCUCCGGUGGCCUGGACUCUAGUCUGGUUGCUGCUAUUGCCCAGCGCGAGACUCUUCGUCUCAAGCAAAGGGCACUGGCGACCAACGCUGCGACGGAGCCUACAGGAAACCCUGAUUUGGGCGAGGGCCUUGUAGGUAUCGACGACGAUGACAACCUCUCUACUGUCACCUACCUUCCCCAGCUCAACUCCUUCUCUAUUGGUCUUCCCGGAUCGCCAGAUAACAAGGCUGCCCUCGAAGUCGCCAAAUACCUCGGCACCAAGCACCACGUCAUGACUUUUACCAUUGAGGACGGUCUCAACGCUCUUUCUGAUGUUAUUUACCAUCUUGAGACCUAUGAUGUUACCACCAUUCGAGCCUCUACUCCCAUGUAUCUGCUUUCACGUAAGAUCAAGGCUAUGGGCGUCAAGAUGGUCCUGAGCGGUGAGGGCAGUGACGAGAUUUUUGGCGGAUACUUGUACUUCCACGCUGCCCCUGAUAAGAAGGCUUUCCACGAGGAGACUGUGCGUCGUGUUAAGAAUCUGCACUACGCUGAUUGCCUGCGCGCCAAUAAGUCUACUUCCGCUUGGGGUCUGGAGGCCCGAGUUCCCUUCCUUGACAAGGAGUUCCUGGAGACUGCGAUGAAAAUUGAUCCUCGGGACAAGAUGAUCACCAAGGACCGCAUGGAGAAGUACAUUCUUCGAAAGGCCUUUGACACCUCAGACGAGCCCGACACUGCUCCCUACCUACCCGAACACAUUCUCUGGCGCCAGAAGGAGCAGUUCUCUGACGGUGUCGGCUAUGGUUGGAUCGACGCCCUCAAGGACAACGCUGAGCUUCACGUUACAGACGAGAUGAUGAACAACCCCAAGACGGAAUGGGGCACUGAUGUCCCCGACACCAAAGAGGCUUACUGGUAUCGCCUGAUGUUUGACGAACACUUCCCUCCUUCGUGUGCGUCGACCGUUCUGCGCUGGACGCCAACUUGGUCCAAGCAGACCGAUCCAAGUGGAAGAGCUAUUUCCACCCACAAGGACAAGUAUGAGAACGCUGUAUAA